GCGGCCAUGGCAGCUGCGCGGAGGCAACGCAGGCUGCUACGGAGCGCGCGCCCGGCUUUGAAUGAGCGGGGCUGGGAGUGAACGGGCGGAGCGCGAGCUCGAGGAAGAGACAGGCAGCGCGCGUGAGCGCGCCCUGUGUGCGCGCGCGGCCCGCGGCAGCUCGGAGCCUCCGCCGGGCGGGCGGGGAGGGGGAGGGGCAGGUGAGUGUGUGCGGUUCGCGCGUGCCUGGGAGGGGCUUUCCUCUCCCUACCCCCAUCCCGACCCCAGCCCUAGCCUCUGGAGCAUCGUCUGCCCUUCGCCGUCGGCCCUCCGCCUAGCCGCGCACUUCCCGCCCUCCUAGCUUCCUUUUCGCCCUUCCACCAGACCUCCCUCGACGCCCGACAGCUGCUCUGGGUACUGUUUCCGGGUCAGGGUGACCUCUGGGGCUAGAAAACUGCGACUGGGAGCGGGACCCAGGCGUGCAGCGUUCGCCAUGCUCCGUUCACGCGUGGGAGACUGGGCUGUGGGGUACCGGCCCGGAAAGCACCCAGCCUCCAAAGCCGCUUUCCACAGGGAAAUUUGCGUGACCUUACUGCCCUCAGUCUACAGGCCUUGUACCUCUCCAGGACGAUUUUUCCACAAUUUAAAUCCCAGUCCACCUGGUAUCCAGCUCCAGCAACUUAGAGCGUUUCACGUCACGCCGGGCGCCAGGCGUCGGCUUGUAUAACCUGAAAACGCUCCUGUUUUUCUCAUCUGUGCAGUGGGUUUUGAUUCCCACCAUGGCCAUCACCCAGUUUCGGUUAUUUAAAUUUUGUACCUGCCUAGCAACAGUAUUCUCAUUCCUAAAGAGAUUAAUAUGCAGAUCUGGCAGAGGACGGAAAUUAAGUGGAGACCAAAUAACUUUGCCAACUACAGUUGAUUAUUCAUCAGUUCCUAAGCAGACAGAUGUUGAAGAGUGGACUUCCUGGGAUGAAGAUGCACCCACCAGUGUAAAGAUCGAAGGAGGGAAUGGGAAUGUGGCAACACCACAAAAUUCUUUGGAACAACUGGAACCUGACUAUUUUAAGGACAUGACACCAACUAUUAGGAAAACUCAGAAAAUUGUUAUUAAGAAGAGAGAACCAUUGAAUUUUGGCAUCCCAGAUGGGAGCACAGGUUUUUCUAGUAGAUUAGCAGCUACACAAGAUCUGCCUUUUAUUCAUCAGUCUUCUGAAUUAGGUGACUUAGAUACCUGGCAGGAAAAUACCAAUGCAUGGGAAGAAGAAGAAGAUGCAGCCUGGCAAGCAGAAGAAGUUCUGAGAUCCAGGACCAACGUAUGUUUACUCUGCUCUCUCCUGUUUCAUCAUCCCACUCCUACCUCCACUCCCUACAUAAACCAAUCAAUAAAGAUAGAGAGAGUGAGUCUGAGUCAGUGGAGUUAUGGAAAGAGUAAGGAAGAGGUAUGUAUUUCACAAAGUAUAAUUAGUAAAUACCUACCACUUUUUUUUUUUUUAAACUUUUAAGUUCAGGGGUACGUGUGCAGGAUGUGCAGGUUUGUUACAUAGGUAAACGUGUCAAGGGAGUUUGUUGUACAGAUGUUUCAUCAGCCAGGUGUUAAACCUAGUAUCCAUUAGUUAUUUUUCCUGAUCCUCUCCCUCCAUCUAACCUCCGCCCUUCCGGUAGGCCCCCGUAUGCAUUGUUCUCCCCUAUGUGUUCAUGUGUUCUCAUCAUUUAGCGCCCACUUAUAAGUGGGAACAUGCCGUAUUUGAUUAAAUACCCACCACUCUUUUCUUUGGUAGAGUUAGUCACAUGUUAAUCUUGAAAUUUACUUGGUGGAAGGUGUAUCUUAAGUUUCCAUUUUCUUUUUGGAGCGUGUGUUCUGUUCAGCUGUGUUCAUCAUGCACUUUAAAAACUGGCUGUUUAUAACUACUAUAAUAACAGGAGAUUAUCAAGCUCAAUAUCAAGCUUUUCUGAAUGGUAUCCCCAGAUAAAGAUGUGGUUCAAUGGAAGUAUUGUUUUACAAAAUGGAGAUAAUCUAAAUAAAAAGUGUCAGAAGAUGUGGAUUCUUAUCCCUGUACUUAAUCCUAUGACUUUGGGCAAGUCACUUAGCCUUUAUGCCUCAUUUUACUUAUUUGUAAAACAGAGAUAAUAUUUCUUCUAUUUCACAAGUCGUGUUCUAAGGACUAAGAGAAAUCCUGUUUUUGAAAAUAUUUGGAAUUUUCAAAUUAGUGAGAAACUUUCAAGACUUUCAACAUUUUAUUUGGUGAUAAUAAAAAGGCACUGCUAUUUCUUUCUAGAAUUUAUUUGCCAUUUUACCUGUGUGGUAUUUUCUAAAAUUAAAAAUAUAAGUAUGUUUCU